AUGGAGAUCGAAACUACAAAUGUAAGGAGUGCAGAAACAGACACUGUAGUAGAGAAAUGUACACUUGAAUUACAGGAGAGCAAUACACAUUUUUCAAACACUCAUUCCAAAAAAGCUGAUGUAGAGAAAAUAUACAAAGUUACAGAAUGUGCUAAAUUAUCAGAAACUAAUGAAAACCGGUUAGUUGAAACUAUGAACACAGAGAGAAACGACACAAUAAUGUCAACUCGAAAUGAUAAUCAAGAGCAGUCUGAUGAAUCGGAUGAUGAUAGUGAUGAUGAUAGUGAUGGUGAUGAUGAGGAUGAUGAUGAGGAUGAGGAUGAGGAUGAGGAUGAUUGUGAAAAACUGGUCACAGUUGAUGAAAUUAUUUCGAAAGCAGUGAUAAAGAAAAGUAGACUGUUGCCCGAUAAAUUUAUUGCGAAAAUUAAAGAUCGACCGAGAAACUUAUAA